AAAACCUAUAAAUACUCCUAAUCUUAAACAUUUUUUCAUAUCUCUUCUCCAAUUCUUCCUAAAUCCUAUUCUUAACUCUCUACUCUCUAAUUCUCUUAUUCUCCAUUCUCCAUUCUCCAAUAUAUUAUAUUUAUUAUUUAUAGUUUAUAUUAGUUAUCUACUUAUAUAAACUAUAAAUAGAUAUAAAUAGUAUUAUAUUACUUAUAUUUGUUAUCUAAUUAUAUAUUACUUAUAUAUUUAUUAUAUCUAUUAAUAUAGUUGGAAUUAUAUCUAAUUAAUUUGAAGUCAUUCUUUUACUCCCAUCCGAAAGACCGAAAGUCCGAAAGAGGUACGAAAUUAUUCUAUUAUUUAAAAUGGUGCGGAAAAGGUAAGGUUACAAAAUUAUUUUGCAAACUUUGAUGGACGUGUUACUGUAUGUUCUGACAUAUGGGAGGAUACUUAUCAUAAUUUACAUUAUUUGGGUCUGACUGUACAUUAUAUUGAUAAUGAUUGGCAUAUGCAUAAACGUGUUCUUGCUUUCCGUGAAUUUAAUGAUCGUCACACCGUUGAACAUAUUUAUAUUUUGAUUGAACGUAUUUUAAUCGAGUAUAAUUUAAUUGAUAAGGUGUUUGCUAUUGGUUUUGAUAAUGCUACUAAUAAUACUGCUGCUAUUCCUAGAUUGCGUGAAUUGUGUGGUUCUACUUCUUUGAUGGGUAGAUUUUUUUCAUCAACGAUGUGCAUGUCAUGUUCUAAAUUUAUGUGUGCAAGAUGGUCUAAAAGCGUUGGGAGCAUCGUUGGAGGUAGUCAAGGGGGGGAUUAGACGUAUUUGGGGUAAUGGACACCUUAGGAAAAAAUGACAUGAUUAUUUGAUAGAAAGAGGUGAGAGAUAUGUGGCUUUUCCAAAAGAUUUGUCUAUUCGUUGGAAUAGUACCUAUAAGUUAAUUGGAGUUCUUCUUAGAUAUAAACAACAUUUUCCUGCUUUUAUGAAACAAUAUGAUAAUUAUAUUAUAAACUCGGUUGAGAUCGACACCUGUGAAAAAAUUUGUAAUGCUUUGAUAUAUUUUAAUAAUGCAACUGAAACUUUUAGUCAUGUUUAUAAACCUACCUCAAACCAAUUUAUUCGUGAAGCUGUUAAUCUCGUCGGUGCUUUUUCAAAUUUUGAGAAUGCUGAUUAUGUGAAUUAUUUUGCUGGUUUUAUGAAGGAAAAGUUUUUAAAAUAUUAUUCACAUAUUCCGCAUAUUUAUGGUAUUGCAUUUGUUCUCGAUCCUCGUUUUAGACUUGGUUCUUUAGAAAAAUGUUUGAAUUAUUAUUAUGCUGCUUUUUUUGGUCUAUUGCCAAUGUAUGAGGACAACCCAAUUGAUCCGAAAAAAGAAUACAACGAGGUUAGUGAUAUAUUUUAUGCAUUAUUCAAUGAGUUUCAUGCACAAUAUGGCAAUGCGCCCCCUCCCCCGACACAAACAUCAUCUAAAGGAAAAUCAAUUUUCAAAUCUACGUUUGCCAAUCUUAUUAAAAAAACAAAAUCAACUCCCGCUACACAACAAAGCACAAUUAAUGAGAUUUCUUUGUAUUUAACUUAUGAUGUUGAUUUUGAAGAAGAUGAUGAUUUUGACGUACUAAACUUGUGGAAGGGAAAAGAAAGAAUGUUCCCGGUUUUAGCAAAGAUGGCUAAGCAAGUGCUAUCAAUGCCGGUUUCAACGGUUGCCGUGAAACAAGAAUUUAGUUCGGUCGGCAAUGUUCUAACACAAACCAGAACGAGGUUGAGCGCUGAAUCUCUUGAGAUGCUUAUAUGCUACCACGAUUGCUUGAAAGCAGCACGUAGAGCUCAAGAAAUUGACAUCACUCCAUCCCAACACUUUAUGGAUGAAUCUACAGAGGGUGGCUCUACUUAUGCCGGAGAUUCCGAUUAAAAACAAUUAUAGUUCCUAUUUAAUUUUCAAAUGUAGUUCCUAUUUCAUUUCAAAUAAAUGCACUUGAAGUUUGUUUUUUAAUACUUGUAUAAAACUAUAAAGUAUAAUAUAUAAAUUUAAAAAAAAAAAUUACCCGCCCCGGCCCGGCCCGGCCCGGCGGGUGGCCCGACCCGUGACCCGGGCGGGUGGCCCGGCCCGAACCGGACCCGUCCAACCCUCGGGCCGGUCCCGGGCCCACUAUUCUAGAACCGGCGGCCCGGCCCGAAUCCACCCCUACUUCUAAAAUGUAGGACUGGGUUAGAAAAACCGAAAAUCAAAUCAAAAUAAAUCGAAUCGCAACCAAAUUAAACUGACCGGCUAAAAAUCCGAAACCAAAUAUAAAAAUUGAACCGAACCGUUGUGGCUUGUUUGGUUUUGAUUUUUACCCUUCAAAUCCGAUCCGAAUAAAUUGAACUAAUUAAAAUAUGAAGUUUUAUUAGAUAAUUGUUAAGCAUUAAUCCUAA